GUUUCAGGGGACUGGAAGAAGAAUGCUCCGAGGCCGAUCCCUAUCUGUGACAUCCCUGAGUGGGCUUCCCCAGUGGGAAGUUGAAGAACUUCCCGUGGAAGAUUUGCUUCUCUUUGAAGUUGCUUGGGAAGUGACCAAUAAAGUUGGUGGCAUCUAUACUGUGAUUCAAACAAAGGCCAGAACAACAGCAGAUGAAUGGGGAGACAAUUACUUUCUGAUUGGUCCAUAUUUUGAGCAAAAUAUGAAGACUCAGGUGGAAAAGUGUGAACCUGCAAAUGAUGCUGUUAGAAGAGCAGUGGACAUAAUGAAUAAACAUGGCUGCCAAGUACAUUUUGGAAGAUGGCUGAUAGAGGGGAGUCCUUACGUGGUGCUCUUUGACAUAGGGUUUUCAGCUUGGAAUUUGGACAGGUGGAAGGGUGACCUCUGGGAAGCAUGCAGUGUCGGCAUUCCUUAUCAUGACCGAGAAGCCAACGACAUGUUGAUAUUUGGAUCUUUAACAGCCUGGUUCUUAAAAGAGGUGACAGACCAUGCAGACGGUAAACACGUCAUUACCCAAUUCCAUGAAUGGCAGGCCGGAACCGGACUGAUCCUUUCUCGAGCCCGGAAACUUCCUAUCGCUACAAUUUUUACCACUCACGCCACACUGCUUGGGAGGUAUCUCUGCGCCGCAAACAUCGAUUUCUACAACCAUCUUGAUGAGUUUGACAUAGACAAAGAGGCUGGGGAAAGGCAGAUCUACCACCGGUACUGCAUGGAGCGGGCCUCUGUCCAUUGUGCGCACGUGUUCACCACAGUUUCUGAAAUAACAGCAAUAGAGGCAGAACACAUGCUGAAGAGAAAGCCUGAUGUAGUUACUCCAAAUGGCUUGAAUGUUAAGAAAUUUUCAGCAAUGCAUGAGUUUCAAAAUCUACAUGCAAUGUACAAGGCUAGGAUACAAGAAUUUGUUCGGGGUCAUUUUUAUGGUCAUCUGGACUUUGAUCUUGAAAAAACUUUGUUCUUUUUCAUCGCUGGGAGGUAUGAGUUUUCAAACAAAGGAGCUGACAUCUUCCUAGAGUCCUUAUCCAGGCUCAAUUUCCUGCUGAGGAUGCAUAAAAGUGAUGUCACAGUGGUGGUGUUUUUCAUUAUGCCUGCCAAGACAAACAAUUUCAAUGUGGAAACCCUGAAAGGCCAGGCAGUGCGAAAGCAGCUAUGGGACAUUGCACAUUCUGUGAAGGAAAAGUUUGGAAAGAAACUCUAUGAUGCCUUAUUAAGAGGAGAAAUUCCUGAUAUGAACAAUAUUUUGGAUCGAGAUGAUCUAACAAUAAUGAAAAGAGCCAUCUUUUCAACUCAGCGACAGUCUUUGCCUCCAGUGACCACUCACAACAUGAUGGAUGACUCCACUGACCCCAUCCUCAGCACCAUUAGACGGAUUGGACUUUUCAACAGUCGCACAGACAGAGUUAAGGUGAUUUUGCACCCAGAGUUCCUAUCCUCCACCAGCCCCUUGUUACCCAUGGAUUAUGAAGAGUUCGUCCGAGGUUGUCACCUUGGAGUAUUUCCGUCAUACUAUGAGCCGUGGGGUUAUACUCCAGCCGAGUGCACUGUGAUGGGUAUCCCCAGCGUGACAACCAACCUCUCCGGCUUUGGCUGUUUCAUGCAGGAGCAUGUGGCUGAUCCUACUGCCUAUGGUAUUUACAUUGUUGACAGGCGGUUCCGCUCUCCGGAUGAUUCUUGCAAUCAGCUGACAAAGUUUCUCUAUGGAUUCUGCAAACAGUCACGUCGCCAAAGAAUUAUCCAGAGGAACCGAACUGAGAGGCUCUCAGAUCUUCUGGACUGGAGAUACUUAGGCAGAUAUUACCAGCAUGCCAGGCACCUGACAUUAAGCAGAGCGUUUCCAGAUAAAUUCCAUGCGGAAUCCACAUCACCACCAACGACAGAGGGAUUUAAAUACCCCAGGCCUUCCUCAGUACCACCUUCUCCUACGGGGUCUCAGGUCUCCAGUCCUCAGAGCAGUGAUGUGGAAGACGAAGAUGAAGACGAGAGAUACAAUGAGGAAGAGGAGGCGGAAAGGGAUCGGUUAAAUAUUAAGUCACCAUUUUCUCUGGGCCAUGUCCCUCAUGGGAAGAAAAAGCUGCAUGGUGAAUAUAAGAACUGAAUUCCCCCCUGGUGGAACAGAGCUCAUUUAGUGAGAGCACAGUAAGAAUGGUUAUUAAAACCAUGGCAAUGCCACCAGUCUCAUUUCCUUCUUCUAAGAAUCACAGUGGGAUUUAUUCUCUGCCUAAAAUGUGGAGAUGACAUGAAUAGCGAUUUUAUCACUUAAAAUAAAAGCCAAGUUAUUUUCUUAAACUCCUUUCCCUCCAGUAAAUUUAGACAUGAGGAAGAGGGUUAAUUAAAGGAGAGGGACUGGAAGUGUUUUUUAAAUGGUUAAUUUAAGCAAUAACAAUUUUUACUAGUGUUUUUUAAAUUAUCAGCACCAUAAGCCUUUGCUUAUUAUUUAUACAGCUUCCAUUCUUACCAAACAGGUCCCUCAUCCCUCCCCCACCCAAGAUUCUGUUCUCAGGCAUGAAUGUGCACUACCUACAUAUUUUAAAUAACUCGUUCUUUAAUGAUUAUUUUCAUUUUCACAUGAGUCAAAAACAUGAAUUUAUAUCUAGCUUUGCAGGCAAUCAAAACCCAUAAUAAAGUAGUUAUCCUAAAUCCAGAUAUUGAUACAUAUUCAUGCAUAUUUACAAGGACACUUCUCAAAUUAAUGAUAGAAAGAUGUUACCACCUGUACUGUAGCAUCUGACUGUAACAAUUUUCUUAUUGUUUAAAAGGAAAGCUUAUUUGAAAACUUGGUCAAUCAUCCACAGAUGAUAAUUUUUUAAAUCCAAAUGAAUAAAUAUAUCAAUAUUUAAAGAUUUAACUU